AUGGGGAGGGAGAAGGGACUACAAAGGUACCUUGGGAUCUAUCUGGCAAAGCUGAAGAAGGCGGCGCAGGCAGAAACCAGGGAGGAAAACAGCACCAUCAACAUGACAGCCAGCUGGUUACUUUCCGCCUGCAAGUACCCGAGGACUUUGUCUUUCGUCGGAGAACGUAACCCACCCUCCGGCCACGACGGCGGCGGCGGUGGCAGCGGCGGGGACACUUCCGCGACUCUCGCGGACGUGGAUCGUUUCCUGUUUGAUAACUUCAACUCACUCUACGACGCUCAGAACGAGGACGGCGACGAUGGGGGCGCGUCCAAAACCCUUGCUGAGGGAGUCCGAGCCAGCGCGACGUCCACUUCGUCGUCCUCCUUCACCGCCUCCGCUUCGUCCUCCACGGCGACUUUGACCCAGCCGCCGCCGAAGUCGUCUGAUGCCGCUCCCCUUGCCGGACAUAGCGUGGCUGUCAUGACCUUUUCCAAUGAUCCCUACGGAGACUUCCGGCGGUCGCUGGAGGAGAUGGUCGAUGCCCGCCACCAGGAGCGUCGAGAUCCUCUGGACUGGGACUUCAUGGAGGAGCUUCUCAUCUCCUACCUCGAGCUCAACGAUCGGACCGUCCACAAGCACAUCAUCCGCGCGUUUACCGACGUCGUCGUCUCCUUCCGGCGUCAUUACUGCGGCGGCGUUAAGAACGCGAAGAAAGCGGAAACCGGCGGUCGCCGCCGACGGAGGCGGGGUGCCGGAAGGGCCCUGACAUCGCCAUUAUCGACGGAGCCCACCGAGGGGAAUCCUGCCUCGCUCACAUGCAGCUAA